GCCGGCCUCUUGAGGUGAGCUCAAUUAGCGAAAUGCUGAUUGGAAGCUGAACACAACAGUCGCAUCAUACCAACUUCACGAGGACUCAUUCUGUUGUUUUAGUCAAAAUUUGGACACUAAUAUAUUAGACUAAUGUCCGAAAAGGCCCCUCUUCUGAAUUAUCGACUCACCACCAGCACCGGUUCGGAGGUGAAGAAUGGAGCCGCUAAAAGGAGGGCCACGGCGAGUGGAGAGCAGCGCGGCCCUCGGUCGACCACUGCCAGCACCUCAACCGCCAUCAAAACCACCCGAACGCUGGGUGUGUUUUUCGGAGUUGUUAUUCCAACUUUGCUCUCUAUGUUUAGCGUCGUCGUGUUCCUGCGAAUUGGAUUUGUUGUGGGUCAAGCAGGACUCUACCAGUCCAUCGCCAUGUUCUUUGUGGCCUACGUUAUCAUCACAAUGACUGUUCUUUCUGUCUGUGCCAUCUCAACUAACGGAGCUUUAGAUGCAGGAGGUGCCUACUACAUGAUCAGUCGAGCGCUCGGUCCAGAGUUUGGUGGCAGCAUUGGAAUCAUGUUCUUCUUUGCCAAUGUGUGCGGCAGUGCCCUUUACGUUUUGGGUCUGGUUGAAGCCAUCAUGUCUGUUUUUGGUGUCCCAGAAGAGAAUGUACCAGUUAUUGGAGGCUCCUAUCGGGUGUUGCCUUCAGGAUACUGGUGGUCUUUGCUCUAUAGUACAGUCCUGCUCUUCAUUUGUUUCAUUGUCUGCUUGGUAGGGGCCCACAUCUACACCAAAGCCGCUUUUAUCAUCUUUCUUAUUGUCACAAGCGUCCUGAUGUCCGUGUUUAGCAGUUUUUUCAUUGUGGGGCCCAGGCUGAUCACACUUCCUACCUCUGCUAUGAACAGCUCCACACACGCCAUUGCCAACUAUACUGGCCUCAGACUCCACACCUUGGAGAGCAACCUAUGGUCCAGUUACACCGUCGACUACACGACUGGGACAAUGAUGAGUUUUGCUACAGUGUUUGCUGUCAUGUUCAACGGUUGCACAGGAAUCAUGGCAGGAUCCAACAUGUCUGGUGACUUGAAAAACCCCAGCUAUUCCAUCCCCAGAGGAACUUUAGCGGCUGUUCUUACAACUUUCAUCACAUACAACCUGCUAGGUCUGCUGGCUGCAUCGUCUUGUGAACGUCACCUUCUCCAAAGAGACUACAGCUUCCUGGGUGCCAUCAACAUUUGGCCGCCUCUUGUCACAGUUGGUAUUUACUCCUCGGCCGUGUCAGCUGCCAUGAGUAACCUCAUCGGAGCCUCCAGAAUCCUUUACGCCCUCUCCAAAGACAACCUGUUUGGUGGUGUUCUGGCACUCACAAAGAAGACCUCACCCAACGGUAACCCCUGGGCCUCGGUGCUUGUCUCUUGGUUGCUUGUACAGAUGGUGCUGUUUGCUGGAAAAUUGAACACCAUUGCUGGCAUUGUGACCGUCUUCUUCUUGUUGGUGUACGCUGCGGUGAACCUGGCUUGUUUGGCUCUAGAGUGGGCAUCAGCACCAAACUUUAGGCCUUCAUUUCGUUGUUUCACAUGGCACACCUGCACACUGGGCAUUCUUGGCUGCCUGGUCAUGAUGUUCCUGAUCAGUGCCAUAUAUGCUUUUGCCAGCAUAGCAUUUAUGCUGCUACUCCUAAUGCUGAUUCAUUACUUCGGCCUCUUGAGCAACUGGGGCUACAUUAGCCAAGCGCUCAUCUUCCACCAGGUCCGCAAGUAUCUCUUGAUGUUGGAUGUGCGCAAGGAUCAUGUUAAGUUCUGGAGGCCUCAGGUGCUACUAAUGGUGGCGAACCCUCGUACCUGUGUCGGCCUUUUAUCUUUCAUUAAUGACCUGAAGAAGAGUGGCCUUUAUGUACUGGGGCAUGUAAAGCUGGGAUUACUCGGUAUGAAGGAUGUACAACACGAUGAGUUGCCGUCUGAUCCUUUGCAGAGCCGAUACGACUCGUGGCUGUCCUUAGUGGACCAACUGAACAUCAAGGCGUUUGUUAACCUCACCCUAGCUGAGUCUGUUCGACGUGGAGUUCAGAACCUUCUGUUCAUCACAGGCUUUGGCGGAAUGAGGCCAAACACUCUUGUCUUAGGUUUCUAUGAUGACUGCCCACCUCAAGACCACCUCCAAGGCAAUGUGAUUUUGCCUACAGGCUGUGGCGUAGAUGCAGUAUGUCCAAACAAAGACCUGGGAGAACAACAGCCCCCUUUCUUCCCUCAUGUACGUGAUGCUGAUGGACCUAAAGACUUGGAGGAAGAGGAGUAUGUGUCACUGAUAACAGAUGCUGUUAAAAUGGGCAAAAAUGUGACACUGGCUCGAUAUUUCAGCCAGUUCCACCGGGAUGAAGUAUUAGGUUCAGCACGAAAGGCUGGCCCUUAUCAAGGCAUGGCUGGGCCAUUUGUUGAUGUUUGGCCCCUGAAUCUGCUGCGACCCAACAGCCGCAGCUACGUGGACAUCUGCUCGCUAUUUCUGCUACAACUGGCCUGCCUGCUGCAUGAGACCCGUGCGUGGAGCCAGGCCAGGCUACGCCUCUUCCUCUGCGUGGAAGAAGGUGUCAGUCUACAGGACGAAGAAGAGGCAAAGCUACGAAUGAUGCUGAAGGAGCUCAGGAUAUCUGCCCAGGUGCAGAUGGUUGCCUGGGACCAGGUGGUAGCGCUGCACUGGCAGAGACUAGGAAGAGAGGAUGAGGAAGUUGAAGAUGAGAAGGGAGAUUGGACAGAAACUUUUCUGAACAAUGCAACUCAGCUGACUGAUGAGUACAUCCAUGCCGUCAACAAUCUUAUUCGACGACACGGAGCGCCUCAACCUGCUGUGCGCUUUCUGUAUUUGCCGCACCCACCUGCGGAUACAAGCCGCUACCAUGCCUACCUGCACCAAGUGGACCUGUUGAGUCGAGACUUGGGGCCGACGCUACUCAUUCACGGUGUCACUCCUGUCGUCACGACUGACAUCUAAAUUUAAUCACAGUCUGCAUUCUCUGACUCUAAUUGCACAUGGAACCACUCACUGGUAGCAGGGGCAUAUUCUGCUGCACUCCGUCUUUACAUUUCACACUAACCUAUCAAGACACCUGGUGGGAUUUAGAAACACUAUAUAGGAAGUAAAGGUGCUACCCCUUUUUCAUAUCUCUUACUGAUGAGCUAGAUUUUCUUUUGGUUUUUUUUACACGUUGAUAUAGUAUUUAGUUUGCUUAUGUUUUGUCAUUUAAAGUGUCACAAUUUUGUAAUUAAAGAGGAACUAACAAUGAAUGUGUAGCAAUGGCUAGAUAGCUUAUGUAGUGAUGAAAGGAAGGAAAAGGUGUUGGAAAAAUAAGGUCCUACUAAUAGUAAAAAUGACCUGUAGCUUGAAGAAAUAAAGAUGAUAUA